GUAGCACUCGGAACAAUUCAGACGAUCAACUCUGCCACCUUUUGCCACGUUUCUUUUCUACUGGCCCAUUGUUUACGCUAUUGUUGCACGGUAACCCAAUAUUAAAGCUGUUCUUGUUAACUGUUAUUAUACUGGGCAAGUGUUCACAAUGCCUCCCCGCUUUAACACCACUUAGUGGCGGACACACUAGUACAGUGUACAAAAUGUACACAUUGUACACCUUCUCUUUACCCAGCAACUGAUAUUUUCACUUUCAUUUGUCCCGUGUGAUUGCACAGUAAUCCGAUAUUUUAUAGAUUUUUAGAGCUGGGUACACAUUAUUGUGAAGUGUAACCUUUCAUGCUGGGUAAACUUAAUACCCACCGGAAGCCUAUAUGCUUUCAACUUUCUGCUUUGAUUAAAGCUGUUUUGCUACGAUCUGAGUUGCUAUUGAUUAGUUGUAAUUUCACAAUUUUAAGGAACAGCAAAGGAGGAUGGAUAUGUAGAGGAGGAGUACAUAUAAUUUGCAGUCAGUUUCGUGGGAUUAGAGAGGUUCACACUGUUGCUACUACUACUAGUGGGGUAAACUAAGAAUAACACAGCAGUCGUGUGGUCUAGUAGGAGAAUGCGACAAUACCUCGUCCCACUGGCCUUUCUAGUACCAGCUUUCAUUUUCACCAUUUUAUAUGUUAAACAGGAUGGAGAGAGAUUGUGCAGUGAGUUGAAGGCGCUGGAGGAGGAAUUGGGGCAGGGCCGGGAGCAAGUAAUGGGACAUUUAAAAGAAAUUAACUCCAUUAAAAAAGUGAUCGACACUGAAAUACUUAUUCUCAUAAUAACAGCUCCCAACAACAGAGAGUUUAGAGAUCAGCUCCGUUUAGAAAGUUACCUUAACUUUCCCUGGACCUACAGUUACAAAGACGACUUCAACUUCCAUUACGCGUUCGUGUGCGGUUACUCCACAAACCGAACUCUUUUGGAAGAGAUGAGACAGGAAGCGGUGGAGACAGGUGAUCUGCUGAUCGGAGACUUUGAGGACACAUACGAGAACCUUGUCUACAAGACCAUCUGGUUACUUAGGUAUGCAGUAGAGCGGUAUACCUUUGAUUACAUGUUUAAAGUAGACGAUGACUCCUUCAUCAACCCUGCCCUUCUGUUCGACUUCCUCUAUAAAUACAUCAAACCUAAAUAUAAUGACAUGAACAUUGGUUACUAUGGAGGAAUGAUCCGACAUGGCUCCCGCGAGGUGCAGAGGGAGGGACAGUGGGGAAUACAGAAGUGGGAGUUUGAACCAGACAUUUUACCUCCCUACCAUGUAGGAGGGGCUUACAUUCUCAGUCAUUUGGCAGCUAAGCAGAUCAUAGACCUUAACGCAAAGCACAUCAUGGUAGCAUUUAGAAUAGAAGAUGCUUACGUGGGUGCCUUGGCAGACAGAAUUGGACUGAAGGCCAGGGAUAUUCCCAAAACUUACAGCAAGCAAUACGACAGGUUUUGUGACGACAAGGGCGCCAGAAUAUUUCACCGGGUUGCUCCAUCGUGGCAAGCUAAGAUGAUAUAUAAUUGGACUAUGAAAGGCUAUUACUGCCAGCAAACCAAAUCACUCGAACAGAUUAUUGAAGAUGGAGAGGAAAUGCUGAGAAAGUACUAAAUUAUUUGCAGAUUUGUUAUCUUACUAAUUCGCGAAUUAAACGUGUUUUAAUGCUCAUUUUUCUCUUUAUCGGUGUGUUGCUCAAUCAAAAAGUAUAUAAUAUGUUGGGUUUUCAACUUGUUUUUCUCAAAUAAGAUUCAUAUCAAUCUAAUGUAACAUAUGCCAAUAACGGCUGAAGUUCAAUUCUGUUCUCAACUC